AUGCCCUGCUUUUGUGUUUCUCGAAGAAACAAAGACCGCACGGAGGAAGAGGAAUACAUAAAGCCGGAACGGCAAGAGGAACGGUCAGUGGAUGAAGAGAAAGACAACUGCGAAAGUAUGAAGACUGAUAUUUGGGAAAAAGUUGACUCCAAGUUGAGGUCUUAUAGCUUUGUAAGCUUCUCCGAAAAGUAUGACAAGGAUGACUUUGAGAACAAUCUUCUGUUCAAGGUAAGGAAUAGAGAUUUCAACUGCGAGAUUAUAAACUAUUAAAAAUUAGAAUUCUUACCUGUUUAUUUUCAGACAGCUGAUCCAACAAUUAUACAAAAGAUAUUCAAUUUUAAGGGAUUCUCUUAUUUGAAGGUGACUGAAGAUAAAGAUAACCAUGAAACAGGUAAAUUAAACCUUAGAAUCAUUCCAUGACCAAUCUUUGUUUAGUUUUCAAGCUGGUUUCUCAGCUCACGCCAACGUCCGAAUUCACGUAUGGCAUCAAGAGUGUGCCCGAUUUGGUGAUGGCUUUUGUAUUUUUAAACCGGCUUUUGGAGAACGUAGAUAAACAACUGAUAGUGGACAUUGAUGGAUACAGCAAGAAGAUCGACUGGUUUACAGCAGAAACUGCGAAAAAAGCGGGAAAAUUGUUGUCUGGUAAUCAAGUUUGACUUAAAAUAAUUGGUUUAUGAGAAGCAUCCGAGCCAGUACUUUCCAGAAUCCAACUCACCUAUUCCAUUUUUACUCAGUAUCACUGAAAAUGUCAAUGCGCUCGCUAUGGAGCAAUUUGCACCGUUUUUGAAGCAAAUUGGGAAAAACUUAAAGCGUGUAUCUUGCGGAGCGGAGAAUCUUUCAAUGCUCAAAGGAUUUCAAGUUGAUCAGCUCAACCUGAAUGCUCGGGACGACGAAAAAACUCCUAGUAAGUGCUAUACUGACUAACAGCGUACAUCAAAAAUUAUUUAGACAUCCAAGCUUUGCUGGAGGUCAAUGCCAAGGAAAUCGAGUGCCGUGCUCUGUCUGUGGCCGAGUUCUAUGAGAAAAGGUGAGAAGGCCAUGGUUGUAGACGAGGAACUAGCUUAAUACCGAAGUUGAAGCAGAUCCUCUACUUUCGAAUAGUUUGGCCACAAAAACUAAAAUUAAAAAAUUUUAACAAAAGUCCUAGUCGAAAAUUGCUACCAGGUUUAAUAGAAAAUAUGAGCAUUGAGACUAGAGGCUUCCCUUGUCAAAAAUGUUCUUACUAGACGUGCUAUAUAACGCUGAUUUAGCUAUCCACCUCAAUCCCGGACCGAAUCUCUGGAGUGCAAGAUCCCCUUGGAAAAUGAGAAGGCUGAUUUCAUCGAGAAAACGUUCAGCAAUAUUGCAAGAACCUUCCCCAACCUAAAAAACUGUGAUCUGUGUGAUUAUGUCUAUGUGACCAAGAAUACUGUAAGCCACACGAGAUCAAUAUAGAACACUGUUUAGGCUGUUGAAAAGACCGUUGAGUUAAUUGCGGCUAACGUCAACAAAGCGCUCGGCCGAACUUCGUAUUCGGCCGACAUCCGAGCCGAGAUUCUGAUCAGAUUUGAAGCCGGCAAUCAAUACGAAAAGGUGACAAAACUCUUGAUGAAAGCUUUGCCGGACUUUGAGACACGUGGGUAUCCUGAUGAUGCGGAUGGAUUUAUCAGCGGAACUUUUUGGCAUUCUACGGAGAAGAGGAAUUUUCACAUCGAGAUCUUCCAGGCAACAGAGGCUGGAGCUUUGGAUGACGCGUGA